CACUCAUCGCCACUACCGGGAUACGAGUACCAUCAGCCAUGCGGAGCGUUGUCGUCAUUUUGUUGCUGUCCGCCAUCUUGUGCGCAACGGUCGCGCAGUACCCGCGCCCACGACGCCCGGAGCGAUUCGACACCGCAGAACAGAUAUCCAACUAUUUGAAGGAAUUACAGGAAUACUACUCUGUACACGGGCGCGGACGAUAUGGCAAACGACAAAUGCACAUAGCCGAUGCAUCUGUUAUCUUCAAAGAGAUGCCGUUUUUCGACCACAACGCAAAUGAAGACGUACUAUUUAAAAAUUUCCCCUAUAAUAAUUAAUAUCAUCUAAAUAAACAUAAUUGGACAACAGGCUUGAUAAAGCGCGUGUUUGAAUCUAGUUGUUACACGUUAGCAAUUAAUUAAAUUUUAUUCCUACUAAUUGUAGACCUUUUGUUAACAUUUUGAUAUUGUUUAUCUGAAUUAUGGCAACAUCAGACGUUUUUUCCGCGUAAUUUUUGACAGUUGACAUAGCAGAAAUAAUGACAAUGAAUUUGAUUAUUAUUAGUGAUGUAUUUUACAAUGUUACCAUAAACAUGCCAUGAUUUCGUAGUAUUUAUUUACAGUGUUAAUUAGGGCCUUGAUCUAGUCAAUUCGAUGUCCGUCUUCUGUCUAGUCAAUUAUUUGUUGCGAACAAUAAAAUAAUUUUCAGGCUGGGUGGAAAUUAUUUUAGCAUU